UUUGAUAGGAAUUUAAGGGUGUGUUUAUCCAGCAGAUCUGAAACAAUGCAACAGGAGCGAUUUUCUUCUAUACAUGACCAUUGUUGCCAAUGUUUUAGUUGGAAGUGUGACGUCAGACCAGAUUACGUCACUUCCUGUGAACUGAUCGAAUGCGGCCAAGGAUGUGGUCGAAUUUUUCAUGCUUGUAAACAGAAAUCACAUUCGUUCGUAUGUGAAGCAAUUAUUGUUCCAUGCAUUUUUAAAGAAAACGGCUGCCGUUCCGAAGUUAAAAAGUCAAAUAUGGCUGUCCAUCUUUUAAUAUGCCCUGCUAAUGUAAUUGCUUGCAUGACUGCGAUACCGGAAACUGUCAAUAUGUGUCAUAAACCUUUUAGGAGAGGUGAAUUCUCGUGGCAUUCUCUUAACAUUCAUGCAGAGAUUUCCACCGGGAUAUUAACACUAAAAUGUCCUUUAGCUGAUGCUGGUUGUGAUUUCUCAUGUCAGAAACUAUCUCCAUUGGUUCCGACAGGUCACGUGAUUGAAAGUGAUCUUUUGAAUACACGUGGGUUGAUGAUCGGAUCUGACGCAUGCUCAUUACCAGAACAACGGGAUGAACAAAGUCAAACACUUGAUUAUCCAAAGACUCCUUGUUAUCAAAACGGUGUCAAUUCUACCGAAGGUUUAUUUUUUCUUGAAGAUCUCCCAGAAAACGUGAUAGAACAGGUUUUGAUGUUUCUCGACAGUUUUUCCAUUAACAAUUUGGCUUUAACGUGCAAGUUCCUACGUUCGUUUUGCAAAUCAGUCGUUUAUAACAAGGGCAUAGUGGAGCCGGUAUGGGAGAAGAUUUCUAAUGGAGGAAAACAUUGGGAUUUUUUUAAGUGGAAAUGGUCCUUCAGUUCUGCAUGCACUCCUAUUCGUAAGUGGAAGUACCAUCUCAGCACUCCAGUUUCAGAACAUCUUAAAGUUUGUCCAUUUUAUCCAGAACGGAUUAUCAAGGAUGAAAUUAUCCCGUGUGAAAAUGAAUGUGGAUUUACCAUGUACAGACGACAAAUGUUGGAACAUAAAAAGAGAUGCCAGUUGGAAAUGGUCAAUUGUUUAAAUAAGGAUGGUGGAUGCGAGGCUGUCGUACUUCGAUCCAAAAUUGCGGCUCAUCUACGCAGGUGUCCAGCAAACAUUGUACAGUGCAACUCACGUAAUGUGAGACCCGAGAUGAAUGGAAUUUGCCAACAAGUUUUUCGAAGAGAGGAGCUAGCAGGACACCAACAGUUUUCACAUUUAGACAUAUGUGAACCAACCAAACAACAUUGUCCGUUAGCAUAUCAGGGAUGUAAAUUUACCAUUGACAAAAAAACACCACAAGUACCUAAUGGUGAAAUUAUUUUCUGUAGUGAUACAAACAGUUUCAACAUUUCUAGGAAAGACCGCGUACAAAUCAGUGACGACAAGGAGAACUUAAAAGCGGAAGGGGAAGAAGCAUCAUUGUACCAUGGCACAAUUUCCGGUAACAUGGCGCCGAUGGUUGCUUCCAAUCAACUAGCAGAUGCACACCAAGAGUCACUACUAUCACUUCCAUUUACAUUACUAUAUUUGAUUCUUUCUGAUCUAGAUAGCCUGAGUGUCUACAAUUUAUCAAUAACUUGUAGAUAUUUACGGGAGGCUUGUGAGGACAUGCUUCCUGUGAAAGGAGUGGUUGAAUCUGUCUGGCAGAAAUCGGAUAACGGAUGGGAGAUUUCAAAAAGGAAAUGGCGCUACAGUACAGCAUGUAGCCCUGUAAAGCAAUGGAAGCAACAUCUUAGCAGUCCAAUCUCAGAACACUUGAAAGAAUGUAGCUAUUAUGGGCGUAGAAAUGUUAACACCGAGAAGGUCAAGGUUAUGUUUGAUCUGAAGGAGUAAACCAUUGUAAGCUGCAAUAGUUCGGGGGCCUGGAAAUAGGCUUUAUUUAUACGUUCUUUAUAUUCUUCUCUAUUUCUAUUUUUACAAAAGCGAUUCUGUCUGUGAGAGAGAAAAAAAACCUCCUUGUACCCCAAGAAUAGCAAAUGAUCGUCACCUAAUUUAAGCACAAAUCAAUAUUGUGUUUCGAUUGAUUCGAUAAUUCGAUGAUUAGCGAUCAUUAACGUGAAAACAUCAUUUACUUACUAAGCUCAAAGCGGACAUUUGCUUUUGACAUUUGCUUUUAUAGGUACAAUACACUUCACAAAUAUAUGUGAUCUUUUUGGCAAUAGUAAGAUUUAGCUGUAACAACCCUAGCUUAUCAUAACUUAUUAUUUUGCAUUGUUAAAGGAAGAAAUUUGAUAUAAUAUAUAUUUUGUUUAUAUAAAUGUCAUGUUUGUCUAUUUUGAUAUUUUCAAUAUUAAUAUAAUCUUAUAGUAUUGUUUUAUUUAUCAUUCUGUAAUUAAAAAUAAAAUCAUA